AUGAAGCAUGGCCUAUUGAAACCCCGGUGCACGCCCACCGUGUCCAACGAGACGAAAGCUCAGGCUCCACUCGAGUCUCAUCCAAACUACGAUGGACAUGCCGCCCGCCCCCCAGUGGCGCGAGGUGGUAAAGAUCCCUCGCACACAGCCCCUCCGGGCUCUAUCAGCAGGCGUCUAAACGACAUGCUCUCCACGCCUUUCAGCUCUCGUAUCAUUAAAUAUGAACCCCCGCGAGGGUUCAUCGUCCCGAAAUUCUCCACUUAUGAUGGAUCCAGCAAUCCCUUUGAUCACCUAAUGCAUUAUCGGCAGCUCAUGACUCUUGACAUAGGGAAUGAUAUGCUGUUAUGCAAAGUUUUCCCAGCCAGCCUACAAGGCCACGCUCUUUCGUGGUUUCACCAACUGCUCGCGAACUCGAUUGACAAUUUUCAGGGUCUGUCCGAGGUCUUCGUGGGACAGUACUUAUGCUCAGUCAGGCAUAAGCAAAAUAUCAGCACCUUGCAGAUCAUCAAAAUACAAGGAAAUGAAACUCUGAGAGAAUUCGUGAAGCGUUUCGGACAAGCUGUCCUACAAGUCGAAUCGUACAGCAUGGAUGCAAUCCUCCAAAUUUUCAAACGGAGCAUAUGCCCAGGGACCCCCUUCUUCGAGUUCCUCGCCAAAAAACCUCCUACAUCCAUGGACGAUUUAUUUCGGCAUGCGAGUAAAUACUCUAUGCUAGAGGAUGACGUCCGAGCCGCUACACAACAGGUCCUGGUAGCUGGCCAAGCCGCGAGAAGCGAAGCCACCAGAAGCUUCAAAGCACCCAACCAUCCCGGGUCAUCCAAUAGGGGGCAAGAUGAUCGACGCCCGCCACUCAUUCGGACACCUCUCACCAUAUCGUACGAAAAACUGCUUCCUAUAAUCCGCGAUCUGCCCGGCUUCAAAUGGCCAGAACCAUUAAGACCGAACCCCUCAGAAAGGAAUCGCAACAAAAGAUGUGAUUACCAUAAAGAUCAUGGGCACACCACUGAAACGUGUAGAAACCUUUAUUACAUGGUGGAGGAUCUCUUAAAGGCGAGACACUUGAAGCAGCACGUCCGAAUAGUGCCUAAAGGUGAAGGAUCUUCCCAUGGUCGAGGCCCACGCGCCCCAGCGGCUCCUGUUAGGGCAGUAAUCAACUACAUACACGGAGGCCACUCUGGUCCUGGCCCAUUCCGGUUGUGA